AUGUACGGGAACUCGCCGAUGCAGCGCCGCCGCUCUUACGUGUACGAGCCCGGAGCACUUAACAUGUACGCUUCGCCGGUCUCGUACUACCCGUCAUCGCCUGUGGUGUACUCGUCGCCGUCGCCGGCUGCGCCCAUGACCUCGUCGUAUCAGCGAGUGAGCGCGUCGCCGUCGCCGUCGCGGCAGGCUGUCGUGUCGACAUCUGCUCUCGAUGUCGACUUUCAUGCUGCGCUCACCACCGGUGUCGCCCGCCGUCAGGAGCACGCCCGCGCCCAGGAGCUGGUGGACAUUCGCGACUCGGUCGUCGAGCUCCUCCGCCAGUUCGAGUCGGACUCCAAAGUCGAGCCCAAGUUUGACGAGUCACCCAUUGUGCAGCAGAUCGACUCAGCGCUCCCGCCCGUGAUCAACGAGGCCCUCAACGAGGACGACAAGCGCCGUGCGGCGUCCGAGCCUGGCCGGUACGAGCAGCUCGAGCAGCUGCGCAACCAGGUCCAGUCCAUGGCCGAGUCGGCCGACCCGGACUUUGCCCAGGUCUUUGACCUCAUCGCCUCUCGCGUCUCGGACGUUCUCAACGUCUACGCCGGAACCCGCAACCAGGACGGCGAGGAGGAGGUUAUGGCUGCGCUCCGCGCACUUGUCCAGGAGCUCGCCACCCUGCAGGCCAUCGAGGUUCCGGACACCCGUGAGCUCAAGGCCAAGGUCCAGGUCACCGACGCAAAGUGCGGCGACUUUGAGGACCGCCGUGGUGUCGUCGACUGGACCGAGGAGCUGACCCAGGCCGAGGGCUCGCUCUACUCGGAGGUCGACACCGCCAUCAACCAGACCGCCCGCCAGGCCAAGCAGUCGGCCGAGCUCCUUGGUGUCCUCCACUCGAUGCGCGCCCUCUCGCUCUCUAUCAACGAGGUCAAGCCCGCCGCCGACCGCGCCCGCAUCCGCGCCGGCCUCGAAUCGGUCCGCACCCAGGAGGCCGAGGAGGAGCGCAAGUUUGAGGCCAUGUCCGCAAACCUCGAGUCUCAGCUUGCCACUGCCAAGUCGGAGCACGACAACCAUGUCCAGACCGUCGCCAAGCUCGAGGAGCACAUCCGUCGCCUCAUGGACGACCUCUCCGACGCCUACCUCGGCGCCCACCGCUCGGCCGCCCGCAUGAACGCCGUCUCGCGCUCCAUCAACCUCCUCGUCAAGAAGCAACGCCUCAACCAGAGCCUCGCCGAGCACGAGGAGGAGGUCGCCCUCCGCCUCCUCCACGACACCGAGGCCCACAUCGACGCUGCCUCCAAGAUCAACGACGUCCUCCGCUCCGCCUCGGAGACCUUCCACGCCGUCCGCGCCCAGCGCGAGUCCAAGGUCGUCACCGAAGUCGUCGACCUCUCCAUCGCCCGCCUCAACCUCAUCAUCCGCAAGUACUUCAAGACCGCCCUCUCCGUCUACGCCGCAGAGUCGUCCGUUGAGAUGCUCGAGCAGGAGCGCGAGGCCCUCCUCAAGAAGAAGGCCCGCUCCAACGCUGCCCAGAAGUUCGCUUGGGUUGCAGACUGCAACAAGGCCCUCGCAGACCUGCAGGGCAAGGUCGAGUACGAGGAGGCCAACAAGGCCCGCGCGAACGACGACCUCCGCGAGCUUGAGGAGCUCUUCGACGAGAUCCACGAGCAGGCCUCCUCCCUCGCCCUCGCCCCCAUCCACGCCACCUGGGUCGCCACCCGUGACGAGCUCAAGCAGAUCGAGGCCCGCCGCCUCUCCCAGGUCGAGCUCGACAACCGCCUCGACGCCGGCUUCCUCUCCCAGAUGUGA